ACUGUGGCGACGUGUGGCAGUGAAGGAGCAUUGUGUGACGUGAGUGGCGGCAGGUUACUCAGUCAGUUGGUCAUUCAGUCAGCUGCUCCAGAGUCUCCGAGGUGCAGGAAACGAAUAAUCAGUGAAGCUCCGGCCAGUGUGACGAUCAGGUAUGUCCGUCUCUCCCAAGGAAACUUUAGACUCGCUCCAGUGUUCCCAGGUGAAGUAGGUCAGGAGCAGUUCAUGAUGGCGAGCACCGAGGGCAGCCCCGAAUGGCCCGCCUUCCCGGCCCGCCUAAUGGCCCUGCCCGCUGUGAAUGACGCCUGUGGCCUCGCCUCCCACCUGUACCAGAGAUCCAAGGAGUACAGGCAGGUGGGUGUGGCCCUGGCCGCGGCGGAGAACUCCUUCAAAACUGCAGUGACCAAGGCGGCACCCUUGGCCGAGCCGCUGCUGAGGUACGCGGGACACCUCAAGCCCCUGGACGACUGGGCGUGCCGUCGACUAGACGAUGUGGAGCGGAUGGUGCCCGUUGUCACCAAGCCUUCCUCCGAGGUGUUGCAGGCCACACGUGACGGCGUCCUUUGUACCCUGGCAGGGGAGAGUGAUUCACCAGCCUCCCUCUCCGCCGCCGUCCGUUCCCGCGCCGCCCGUCUCGUGGAGCAGACGCAGGCCAUCAGGGAGAGGACAGUGGCAGUCGGCAGGGCCCCUCACCGCGCCCUAGACGCCGCACACGACUUGCUGGACCACUACCUACCGGAGGAGAGGAAAGACCCUAAAGAGCCUGACGUGCGUGAAGGAGGCAUGGGCGUGAAGACUGUCGCCUUGGCCACCAGGACAACCAGUGGUGUCUGCCGCGCCGCCCACGAGCGCCUCAACGCCUCGUGCCCCUUGGAUCCCACGCCCUCCCAUGUGGCGAUGGAGUGUGUGCACCUGGUUCGCUACAGGUGGCAGCGAGGGGCAGACGAGGAGGUGAAGCAACUGGAGGUGCCACAGGUCAUGGCCCCAGUGUUGGUAUUGGCUCUAAGGCUGACCGGGGCCUUCCUCCACCUCCUGCUGACGGUGGUGAUAAUCCUCGUUGGAAAAGUGAACGCUGUCUGUUUUAAGAUGUCGCAGAAGUGUGAUGGGAAACGUGUACCGCCGCUCAGUGAAGACUGAAAAACUCCCUCGAUUAAUGGACAACGGCGGUGAAUUAUUUACUUAUUAGAUUUACUUAAUUACCCACAUAUAAUUAUUUUGUAUCAUUUACUUAGUUAAUUUACUUUAUUAUUCACUGACCAUUUUGUUUACAAUUUGAGUAGGAAUCUGGUGAAGGGCCUCGCCCCGCCCCUGGCCAUCCAUGUUUCUCCUUUUGAGGUGUAGUUUGUUGUUCUGGAAGUUAAUAUAAUUCAUUUGAAUAUUUUAUGUAACAUCAUAUAUACUUGAAAAUGUAGUCUUUAUACAUUA